AUGGCUGCGUCAGAAGAGGUCCUAAGGGCCUUCAAUGACAUCCUGGACAUCAAGGUGGCAUAUACAUGGGGACGAAGUCAGAUAUUAACGUUCAUGGGCCAUGUGGUGGCUAACGGGUUCUUGUAUGACAUACAAGACAGCGAGCUGCUAUCGCUCAAAGCGAUGGUCGACGAGAUCCACAUGCUCUGUCCCCCAGACGGAGCCACCUUCUCUGACCCAGUCAUGGAGCCUGCCCAGUCUACUAAACGGGCUCUCAACCCAAUCUGGCAGCGAAACGCCCCAUCACAGAGAUCGAAAUUUCUCCUUCAAACCCUCGUGCAUAACAAGGUGCCAUUCUCCGGAAUUUACGACAUACUUGGAUUGUUUUUAUCUUCCAUAGGCGCUGCUCCAAACCGCGCAACAUCCCGCAACUUCUAUCUGCCCAUGACGGCGAUGUAUGCCAAGUGGUGCAUUGCUUUAAGUGAGUUUGUCCCAAAGAAGUCGGUCCCGACGAUGUACAACUCCACGUGGGUGAAAGAUGGCCCGGGAAAAGGUCCGCUGGUGACACGUCCAUUGGGAACCAACUGUGGUUUGGACAUUGUGCUGAGGUUUACCCUCUACUACACAUAUUGCGAAAUAACCCAAACCCCACAGCUGUACAUGGCAUCGCAUUGA